AUGCCAGGAGCUCCAAUUAAUUGCUCAAAGACUUACAAGGUUCCACGUCGUCCCUUUGAGAAGGAACGUAUGGACCAAGAACUUCGCUUAAUUGGUGAUUAUGGAUUGAGAAACAAACGCGAAAUUUGGCGCGUGGCUUAUACAUUAUCAAAUAUUCGAAGAGCUGCUCGUGAAUUGUUAACAUUAGAUGACAAGGAUCCUCGUAGACUUUUUGAAGGAAAUGCAUUGAUUAGAAGACUUGUUAGAAUUGGUGUGUUGGAUGAAUCUAAGAUGAAACUUGAUUACGUAUUGGCUUUGAAAAUUGAAGAUUUCUUGGAAAGAAGACUACAAACCCAAGUCUAUAAAUCUGGUUUGGCCAAAUCUAUUCAUCAUGCACGUGUACUGAUAAGACAGCGUCAUAUUCGUGUUGGAAAACAAAUUGUCAAUAUUCCUAGUUUUAUCGUCAGGCUCGAAUCCCAAAAACACAUUGAUUUUGCACUUACUUCACCUUAUGGUGGUGGACGUCCUGGACGUGUAAAGAGAAAACGCUUACGAUCAGCAUCAAAAACUAAUGAUGAAGAAGGAGAAGAUGACGACGAAUAA